AAUAUGCGGCCCCUAUGCAGAGUGAUAAUAACCCGUUGGAAGAUGCUACACUGUCGGCCAAUCUUAAUUCUCCAAUGAAUCAAACUCAUGUCGAACAACUACUUCAAUCUAUGAUCAACGUUAUGGCAAGGCAACAAGGAUCUCAACCUGACACAGGGGAGCGAAAUCUUUUAAACAUUCCAGUCUUCACGGGUGAUAACCAAGACCCUAUAGGAUGGUUGGAGAUGGUUGAUAGAGUGUUUGAGGCCAACAAGAUAGUAGGGAUACAAAGGCUUUCG